AUGGGCUACUACGGCGGCCUGGGUCCCAUGACCAACGGGGUCCAUUGGGCAGAGACCAUCAUCAUUGCUGUCUUCGUGGGACUCAGAUUCUAUACACGACAGCAUAUAUUGAAUGCUGUUGGUGUUGAUGACUACCUGUGUUGUCUCGCCCUGGUCCUCCAUAUCGUUUACACUAUCUUCGUCAGCAUUGCAAGCCACUAUGGGCUGGGGCGGUUGGCCGCGGAUGUCGGGGAUAUGACCGUAUACUUUGAGGCCGUCAAGUAUGAAUUGUUCAGUCAAGUUGCAGGGAUUAUGGUCAUCGGGGUGGGCAAGCUGGCCGUUGGCACAUUUCUCCUCCGAAUCAUCCGCAACAAGGUCCAAAUCGCCUUCAUCCAUGUCUGCCUUGUGAUUACUGUCAUCAUCACUUUGUUCGCCAGCAUCACCGUCGUAGUGCAGUGCUCCCCGGUCGAGAAGAGCUGGAACCCAACAGUCAAGGGACACUGUUGGAUCAAUUUCUCCAACGUUGGCUACACUGUCGGAUCAUGGUUUGUCGCCAUGGACUUCUCGUUCGCAAUUCUCCCGUGGUUCGUUGUCUGGGACCUCAACAUGAAGCAGAAGGAGAAAAUCACCGUGGCCUGCGGUCUCAGUCUUGGAAUCUUUGCCGGUGUUUGCGGUAUUGUCCGCACUGUGGCCCUCUCCGGCCUGAAUGCCUCUGAGUAUAUUUAUGAUACUGUUCCAAUGCUCAUCUGGUCCGCUACCGAAAGCUGCGCAACAAUUAUGUGUUCAUCAAUCCCCGUCCUGCGACCUCUAUACACGCGUCUCCGGUACGGCAAGGAUGGCAAGGGAAGCUCCACUGGAGACUCGAGCUACAAGCUUCCCAUGUAUGCCAAGGGACGGCAUUAUGGAAGACUUUCCAAAUCUGGUCUGGACACUACUGUGACCGGGGCGACUGAAACCGUCUACCCAAAGACCGUCAUCACCCCUGGUACCAACAAUGGAAGCAACGAGGAUAUCCUUCGCGGUGCUGCUGGCAUCGAGAGGACGGACGAGAUUUCAGUCAGCUAUGAGCAAUUCACACGCAAGGCGUGA